AGACAAUAGACAACAGACAAUAGUGAGUGGUUGCUCAAAAAAAAAAAGACAAUAAUGAGUUUUCUUUUUCUUUUGACAUCACCACCAAGACACUAAUGAUUAAAGCUUGAUCAUCGACUAAUACAUUAUUGUCAUUUUUAUCUAAUCAAAUCAAAACAGAGGAAGAAGAUGAGUGGCUCUGAUGCUAUGUCUCAUAACGUCUUCGUUUACGGCAGCAUUCUUGAACCAGCCGUCGCCGCCGUGAUCCUUGACCGACCCGCUGAUACAGUUCCCGCCCUUCUCCACGGCUAUCACAAGUAUAAACUCAAAGGACGUCAGUAUCCAUGUAUUGUCCCCUUUGAGUCUGGAAAAGUCAACGGCAAGGUAAUAACGGGAGUAUCCGAUGCUGAGCUAAACAAAUUCGAUGUGAUUGAAGGUAAUGAGUAUGAGAGAAUAACAGUUGAAGUUGUAAGGAUGGACAAUUCGGAGAAAAUGAAAGUGGAAACUUAUGUUUGGGUUAACAAAGAUGAUCCUAGUAUGUAUGGAGAAUGGGAUUACGAGGAAUGGAGAGUGAAUCAUGCGGAUAAAUUCGUGGAAAUGUUUAGGAAAGUGUUGGAAUGGAACAAGAAUCCAAACGGGAAGAAAAGAGAGGAUAUUGUGAAAUCACUGUCUGAUGAUUGAUGAUUCUUGAACAAUGAACUUAGACAUAAGUUGUUGUUUCUUGGCUGCUUAUCUUUCUUUUUUUUAAAUAAACUCUUGGCUGCUAAUCUUUGGCAGGACGAAGAGUGAGUAAAGAGUGUUUUUCUAAUAUAUAAUAUGUAUGUGUUUUGUGUGUUGCUAGAACUUGAAACUGGUCUUCUUUUUUAUUUUGUUUGUGUUACUAUGGAAUCUUGUCAGCCACAUUCUGAUUUCUAGGAUCUUGAGUUGAGGUUAAAGAGUUUGACAUAUAAGUCAAAUGAUAUGUAACACUACAGUUAAGAGUUGAUUGCUCUGCAAUGUUUAUCUCGUCA